CAUUUAGGAAAUAAAAUGCGUAUGUGUCAUUGCUGUGGUAUUACUUUUGUUUUUGUUAAACCUAAAUUGCAUUUGUUUUGUAUCCUUCUCAUUUUUCAGAUCUCAUUAGUUGUUAAUGUUGCCAGUGAGUGUGGUUUCACAGAAAAUCACUACAAAGACCUACAACAAUUACAGCAGGAACUGGGACCAAUGCAUUUUAAUGUCCUGGGAUUCCCCUGUAAUCAGUUUGGGAAUCAAGAGCCAGGCUCUGACCAAGAGAUUGAAAGGUUUGUGCGAAGGACUUAUGGAGUUUCCUUUCCAAUGUUCAGUAAGAUCAAUGUCAAAGGUCCUGGUGCAAAUGCAGCAUUCAAAUAUUUAACAGACUCGUCUGGAAAGGAACCAAACUGGAAUUUCUGGAAGUAUCUUGUGGAUGCAAAUGGUGAAGUGGUGGAUGUUUGGGAAACAUCUGUUUCAGUUGCAGAAAUAAAGCCAAAAAUUGCAACGUUAGUGAGGCAACUCAUCGUGAAACGAAAAGACGAAUUGUAAUUUAACUACAAACUCUGUGAUAUAUAAUGCUACCUUUUUCAAGUUUACACCACUUUUUAACAAUUUUUUUUGUGUUAGCAUUUCUAUCCUGUGAAGUCCACUAAUUCAUUCCUUGUGACACCAUAUUUUCUUCGGCUUGGUUAUGUCUUCCUACUGCAAUAAAAAUGGUUGAAGAAG